AUGUCCUUCCGUGAAUUGAGGAAUUUCACUGAGAUUAUGCGAUCUCUUGGUUAUCCAAGAAAAAUCUCUGUAGAAAAUUUUAGAACUCCUAAUUAUUUAUUAGUUUCCGAAAUUUUAUAUUGGCUCGUACAACGAUAUGACCCUAAUAUUGAUAUUGUGGAGGGCACCGACACGGUCGAAGAGAGGCUGACAUUUUUGAAAUCAAUAUGUGAAGUAGUGUACUACAAAGCAAGAAUUAAGUUAAAUAUCAAACGGUUGUACCAAGCGGAUGGGUAUGCCGUAAAGGAAAUGCUAAAACUUGCCAAGUUGUUAAAUGAUGCAACAGAAUUAGCAAGAUCCGUCGAGGACUCGGAAGAUUAUGAAUCAGCCACUCUUCAACAACUAAACAGCUCAAAAUUUCAAUUAAAUGUAAAACAAAUAAGGAGUAUUGCAACCGAGCUUACAGAGCUAGGAGCAGAGCUGCAUGAUCUUCUCGGAAAAGAAAUGGAGUUAAAGCAAGAACGGCUGGAUGCAAUAUCAUAUCCUCAUAACAUUGAAACGAUCAAAGAACACAUUGAAAAGAAGAAUAUGGAGGCCGUUGACAUGAUUUCUGAAUUACAAAAAUCAAUUAACGAUCUUAAAAAAGACGACGAAAGUUUGAGGGAUAAAAAAAAGAGGAAAGAAACAGAGCUUGAGAGAGCCAAAAAACGGUUAUCCAGAGUCUCUAACUUUAGACCAGCAUUUAUGGAUGAAUAUGAGCAAAAAGAACAAGACCUACAAGAAUUGUAUAAGAAAUAUGUUGAAAAAUAUCGAAAUAUUGAAUACUUGGAACAUGAGCUUGAAAAACACAGAAAGGCUGAGGCUGAAAUUGUUGAAGAGAACAAGAGAAGAUUGAAAUUGCUUCGAAAGAAACUAAGAGCUGACGAUCUCAAGUAUUUGAGAGGAGAAAACCAAGCCACCUAUGAUGAUGAAGAAGAAGAGGAAGGUGAUGAAGAUGAAGAAGAAGAGGAAGGAGAAACAGAGACUGGAAAUGACGAGGACGACGAAGAUGACGAUGACUCUGAGAACGAUGUUGAAAUUAAGUCUAGUCAACAAGCAAGGCCAAGAGCAGCGAGCGGAAGAAGGCCUGAGGGCAGGACAACGACGAAUCAACAUUUAGUGAAUACAGCAGCCAAAAAAACAAGAGAUGUUUCAGAUGGGUACGACUCUGAUGAAUACUUGGAGUCAGACGAAGACAGCUAUAUGAACGGCAACGACGAAGAAAACAUGAUUGAGUCAGACGAAGGAGAUUCUUUCUAA